GUCAUGUGACUUUUUUUCUCACUACCAAAGGAUCAAAAUGGCGACCACUGGUGGGAGUGUUUUUGCAAGAGCUAGGUCUGGAUCCUCUAAAUUACAAACACAGUAUGAUGCUGACGGAAAUGAGAUAGAGUUUGAUGUGCGAGAAGAUGAGGAGCAGAAUGUCAAACUAGGUCAAAUUAUUGAUCUGUUAUUGGCUGCUGGGUAUUUCCGUGCAAGGAUCAAAGGGUUGUCUCCCUUUGAUAAGGUUGUUGGUGGCAUGACAUGGUGUAUCACAACAUGUAGUAUCGACAUAGACAUUGACCUACUUUUUCAGGAGAACUCUACCAUUGGUCAAAAAAUAGAACUGACAGAGAAGAUUGUUGCCGUCUUACCGAAAAUGAGGUGUCCUCAUCGUAUUGAACCUCAUCAGAUCCAAGGUCUCGACUUUAUCCAUAUCUACCCAGUUGUACAGUGGCUGGUGAAAAAAGCUAUUGAGACUCGGGAAGAAAUGGGAGAUUACAUACGAUCUUUUUCAGUAUCACAGUUCAACAAAAACCACAAAACACCAGAGGAUGUAGUUUUUGAUGCAAACAAGGACAAAGCUACUACAACUGUUGCUGGUGUCAAGGAUGUAUACAAGCCACAGCGACGGUACAGACGACAGGAUGCUGACAAACUACGAGAUGAAGAGUCCCGAGUUCAUUCCACUUUACUGGAGUAUGGGAGGCGAUAUGGGAUUAGCAAAUCGGACCAUGCUGAACAGGAAGGUGACAAGUCUUCUAAGAAAGCUGCUGCUGCCGCCGGCAUUGCUGGGCAACAGGCAGAGCCAUCUGAGGAAGAACUGCAAGAACAGGAGGAGAAACGAAUUCAGAUGCUCAUGUCAGGGAUGUCUGCUAUGGGAGUACAGGAGGGCAAAUUGACUGCGAGUGCGGUUGGUUCCAUCGUUGGCAUGCAGUCGGCAGAAAUUCAGCAGAUCGCAUCCGAGUAUGCAGAAAAACAAGCAGAGAUAGAACAAAUCGAGAAGACGGAGAGAGUGGGCGGGGCACAACAACACAAACGGAUCACUGGUGCUCUUACGAAACAGAUCCAACAACAGAAAACACGCAUGGAUGAGGUGAUGACUAAACAUGCUGAGCUACACAAAGUAUAUCUGGAGACACAGGAGAAACUAAAACAGGCUCAAUCCCGAAGUGAAAAGAUUGAUUCAGAAAUGGAGAAACUCAAUGCCACAGAAACAGAAGAAAACCAGAGUAUUCUACAGAGACUGAGGGCACUGGUAGCCAUGAACGAAAACCUGAAGAAACAGGAGCAGGAUUUCAAGGCUCAUUGUAAAGAAGAGAUGACUCGCCUGAAAGGACAGAUUGAGGAGUUGAGGGACCAGAGCUCUGAGGAUGAUAGCGGAGAUAAGGAGAGAGCCAGCCUGAUAGACAAGCAGUAUACUGCCGAUAAGGAAAAACUACACAAGAUUAGGCUUCUACUCGCAAGAAAGACUCGAGAGAUUGCUGUACUUCAGAGAAAGAUCGAUGAGGUCCCCUCUCGGGCAGAAAUGAGCCAGUAUCAGAGACGAUUUGUUGAGCUUUAUCACCAAAUUUCCUCUACCCACAAAGAGACAAAACAAUUUUACACCCUGUACAAUACAUUGGAUGAUACAAAGCUCUACCUAAACAAGGAGGUGAAUUUACUGAAUUCGAUUCAUGAUAGUUUCGCACAGGCCAUGGCGUCUCCUGGAGCAAAGGAACAAUUUUUGAAACAAUUUGAACAGAUUGUGGAUGGUGUGAAGGCAAACAAAUCAAAGGUAGAGAAACGUAAACAGGAGGAGAAAAUGAAAAGGGACAGACUGAAUGAUGAUUACCUUGAUCUUAUAGAAAAGCAACGUCUGUAUUUCCAAACCGUCAAAGACUUCAAAGAGGAAUGUCGGAGGAAUGAAAUGUUGUUGGCGAGACAAAGAAAGUGACAGAACAGAAUUCUUCUCUGGAUCAGCUGCUGUGUUUACAGUGAUACAGCUUGAAAAUUACGUGUAUUACAACAGUAUAUUUAUAUUUCUACAGACUUAUAUGGUGAUUAACUGCCAAAACAAUUAAGAAAUAAACAUAAAAACAAUAUAGUUAACGUGUUGUUAAUUUUUAUUAUGAUUAUGAGCAGUAUAUCUGUAUAAAACAAAUGCUAUAUAAACUGUGUCCGUUUUUUCACUCUUACACCGAAUAUUAUCUUGGAUAUAUAGAAAUGUAGGCUGAUGCUCUGUUUGAUAUGAAAGCACAAAGGUAAAGACUAUAUCAGCAAUUCUGACUUGGCAAAAAAAUAGGAAAAUGUUAAGUCAAAGGGUGUACGAUAUUCAUAUGUAACCGGGUUGGACAUAUAUCGUCUAUAUAUGAUACAGUUUUUUUCGCUUAGUAAGUGUUAAUAUACUUAGACGGUAAAUGGUAUAGUUUAGUUAUAGUAUAGUUUGGUCCUUUAUCGCCUGCUACGUCAACAGCCUUGUGGUUUUUGUUGACAUCUUGCUACACGCCUUCCAAGUGUGCAAGUGCAGGCCAUUUCGAGUUCAUAUUAAUGCAUUCGAAGUUUCUUUUAACUUUGUAUAUGGUAUAAUUUAACACAUCAACCUUUAUUACGUAUUAUGACAAACCUUAGUACCUGCUGUUGGCAUGUAAUUUGUUAAGUUGUUUGUAAAUUUCAACAAAACAUACGAAAAUUGCAUGUUUAAAUGGGACAUGAUUAGCUCAUUCUAUCGCAUAUAUUACACAAUAGGACAUUUCUUUGACCAGAUUUGACUUUAUUAUAUAUACAAACACUGAUUAUUAUAUUUUGAUAUUGAAAUACAAAUGGCGGUUGUAAAUAAUAUCACACAAAUAUGGCAUACGAGGAGGUAUUUCAACCAUAAAAAUGCUCUUAAUACAACUUAUGAAUGACUUGACAUGAUUAGAACACUAGUACUGCUUUAAGGAAAAAACGUUCAGUCGUUGAGUUUGGGAUAAAAGAUGCAUAGUACUGAUAAAGGCUCCAAACACAUCAGUUUAACAAUUUGUCUUAAAUAGGAAAUGUUUCCUUUAUGCCAUAUUUUUGUAAUAUUAUUCACAGCCGCCAUUAGCAUUUCAAGAUAAAAAAAA